AUACAAGAUAAGAUAGGUUGUUUUGCUGGCGACACUGCAAGAAUACAGACGGAAUCGCCGAUAUGUGUCAACUCGCAGUCUUCGUUUUAUCAGUAUGUGCGCUCUCAGCUGUAAAAUCCAGCAGCGGCAUUACAUCCUCUAAUUUGAUAAGAUGUCGGCUAUGUAAUAGAGCUAGAACCCUUUCAGACUGUAACAAACUUGUCGCAUGUGAUAGUACUUUGGAGUACUGUUACAUGGACGAGCUGUAUACAGAUCAGCGUACUGUAGUAUACGAAGGUGGCUGCAGGUCGAAAGACGUAUGUUCCCAGUCAGGAAGAAAGAGGAGAGCCGAUCAAGUAACUUGCUCAAGGUGUUGUGAUUUUGAAGUGGACUGCAACAAACGUCUUUGUGGCAUAAAAGAUGAUACUAUAAUCGCGUCUCAAUGUUAUUCUUGCGAUCACAGACUUCCGAGCAAAUCUGAAGUGAAGGACCCAAGAAAUGUGUCACAUUAG